AUGCCACUUUGGGGUCGGAAAAAAGACCAGUCCACGGGAUCACCCCAUACCCAAAAUGGGGAAGAAGGUCAACAUGCGCCAGAGCAAAGAUUCGAAGAACCUACUGAGCGCUCAAGAUUGCUUCCUGUAGAUAGGAAUGCGGGCUUCCUAAGUCCAGAUGAUCCUGCAGUAUCGCCCUACAAUCUAUGGAGCGUGCGCGCGGUGCGCGGCGUAUCAGUCCUAGCAUUGGCACUAAGCUUCAUAUGGUGGACAUUCAUGCUAGUUUCCAUAUUUGUCAGUCCACCGAUGAUUCAUCCGCGAGGAUCGGGCUUCUUUGCCUUUUCAUAUACCACCUUAGCGACAGGAUACCUCGUGCUUGGACUGUUGUUCUUUGCCGUGCCAUCCAAGUCUAUGACUAUAUGGGCCAUUACGCUUGCAGUUCUGCUGUUGGUGGACAUGUGUAUUAUCCUUGCUGUGCCGCGAAUCCGUCUUGAAGAAGGCUGGGUGGGGAUCGCUUCUGUCGUUUGGGUAGCUCUGAUCUCUAUCUACCAGGCAAUCCAAGACCGAGCGGUUGCUUGGGGUAAGCGCGAGGAGGAAGAGCGUCUUACCGGUCGAGAAGAGACUCGGCGCUCCCUGCUGGAGUGGAUUGCUGUUCUCGCUGAGACCAUUUUACUGGCUGCAAUGGCGAUCGCGGCCGUCUUGUUCACAGCGACUCUGAUCUUGCGUUCUUUUGACGCUGGGCUGGAGGCUCCAGGUAAGCGCUACCUGGUGCAGGGGGAUAGUUAUCAAGUUCAUCUCGCUUGCGUUGGGAACAAAACUGCGGAUGACAAGGCGCCGACGAUCCUUCUGGAGGGUGGCAAUGGACCCGUCGAACAUACACUGCAGCCCUUCGUCGACGAUAUAUACGGUCGUGGCGGUAUAAACAGGUACUGUUACUGGGACCGACCAGGAUUCGGAUGGUCUGACAAUGCACCCUCGCCCCAUUCCGCGGGCAUGUCAAUGGACGUGCUUUCAGAGGCCCUGGAUCUUGCAGGAGAGACUGGUCCAUGGAUAGUUGUUUCCGCUGGAGUUGGCAGUCUUUAUUCCAGACUUUUUGCCAGUCGCAAUCUUCUCGAAGUUCGCGGCAUCUUCAUGAUCGAUCCCCUCCAUGAGGCAUACCUAGGUGACAUUGGACGACCCGGUCGUGGAUUUUUGCUCUGGAUUCGUGGCAUAAUCUCUCCAUUGGGACUGGAUCGGCUUGCGGGCGCUAUUUUACGCGGCCGUUCUCGACAGGACCGCGUCAUUGGACGUUCGGCUUACCAGUCUGGGAAAUGCAUCAAAGCAAAGCUACAGGAAAGCCUCGUGGCUGUCACUAUGACUGCUGCUGAGAUUCAUUCUUCUCGCCAUAUCCAGAUGGGCCAUGCUCCUGUAGCCAUUGUGAGCUCUGGUCAAGAAGUUCAAAAAAGUCCUCAGUGGGCGGAGCGACAGGAGGAACUUUCUCAUCUUACGGACAACCUUUUGUCAUGGGAUGUUGCUUAUGAUGCACCCCAUGAAGUAUGGAGUACUGGACAGGGACGCGAGGUAUUGGAAAGACGUUUGAAGGAGCUUGUCCAAGAAAGUCAGGCGUAUGAGCUUUAA